GCACGUCCUACUGCUACCGUAACAUCGCAUACAAUUCCACUAACUAAUGGGUAGCAAGUACUUUGUACUUUGUACCUACCUACUGGGUAGUAUGUAGAAAUCCUCUUGCAUUGUGCAUAGCAGUACCUAGGUCGGCGAUGAUGGUAAAAUCUUGUGGCCGAGCACCCACGUUUAUCAUAGGUAAAUACGAAGAGAAUACCUUGUUGACUAGAUCACAAUUGGGUUACUUAGAGGCGGAUCUGCGGUAGAUUCACCCUCAGAUGCCACUAUCAUCGUGUCUGUUGCAUGAGGUUGAAUACGGAUAGGAAUAGGUCGGUGAGAAUUCAAAUUAACGACGUAAGAUGACCCCUAUGGAUGUAACUUCUUCGUUGCGCUCAUACUAUCGGGGUCCAAAAUGAAGAUAUAUCGGUCUGGAACAAUAGACAUCCCACAGGAUCUAAAUUUGACAGAACUUCUUCAUAAAUCCGCGUACCCAGACCUUCCCGGGUCUCACUUGAUUGCCAAGGACAGUUUAACAAAUCGCAGCAUAACCAUCGGACAGCUACGCGACAGAGCUGGUAGGAUUGCGAAGGGACUCCAGGCAAAGCUAAACCCAAACGACCAGGCGAGAUGGGUAAUCGCUUUACCAAAUAGCGUCGAUUUCCUCGAAAUAUUCCAUGCCAUACUCUGGACUGGUGGCGUCGUCUGCCCCGUUAACUAUGCCCUUAAAGCUUCGGAGAUAGGCCAUGGGAUUGCGGUUGCACGGCCGCAUUUCGUAAUAUCUUACGGAGCAAUAGUUCCUGUUGUUGAAGAAGCUCUACAAGUUGCCGAAAAGGAACUCGUUGCACAAGGAGUGAAAUGGAAGAGACCUCAGAUCAUAACGAUCAUUAAUAGGGCAAAAGGGCUUCGUCACUUGCCGGAUGACUUCAUUUCGACUGAGCAACUCCCAAUUCCGCAUUGGCCUAACACAGUAGAUCGGCUUGCAUCCAUACACUUGUCGUCCGGCACCACCGGCGCGCCGAAAGGUGUUGAGUUGACACAUUAUAACUUCGUUUCAAACUGCUUGCAGCUAGUCGCUCACGAUCGGGAGCAAUUCAAUCCAACAUGUCGAACUGUGGCCUUCACGCCAUGGACGCACAUCGCCAACACCACAUUACCACUCUUCUUAGGUCCCUACACUGGAAUGAUGCACCAUGCCAUGCCGAGCUACAACCUCGAUGAAUUCGCAAAGAUAGUCGGGUCUAAUCAAGCCACCACGUUCCAAGGCGUCCCUAGCGUGGUCCUGCAGAUGGCCAAUUCGGAUAUCACAAGUCGAUUUGACUUUACUCGUGCACGCUACAUCAACGUAGGAGGGGCGCUAAAGCAAGAACUCAGGGACCGUCUGUUGAGCAAGGCGCCGUGGAGGCUCAUACAGGUGUACGGGAUGACGGAGGCCGCGGGAUACGUCGCGUAUCAGAAAAGCAAUGAAGCGCCACCCGAUGGAGUAACUGGCAAACUGCUACCAGGUAUCGAGGCAUGCUUAAAGAAAGAAGGCAGUACGGAGGAUGUGCCAGAAGGUCAGCCAGGCGAGCUCUGGCUCAGGGGCCCGAACUUCACGCGUGGAUACGCUUUCAACGAGGAGGCGAACAAAAAGGGGUUUCCAAUGAAAGGGUGGUACAACACGGGGGACGUCUGCACCAUCGACGCGGAAGGAAGAGUCAGCAUUGUGGGAAGGACUAAGGAUUUAAUCAAGUAUAAAGGGUUCCAGGUUGCGCCGGCUGAACUGGAGUCGUACAUCAAUGCACACCCGAAUGUGAUUGAGGGCGGCGUGGGUGCGAUCUGGGAUGAGAGCCAGCUGACGGAACUACCGACUGCGUGGGUUAUCCUGAAGGAACAGUUCCAGACUGAGGACGAGAAGAAGAAAGCAUUGAAAGAGAUACACCAGUCUAUUGACAGCCAGGUCAGCGGGUAUAAGAAGCUCCGGGGUGGUGUUUGGGAGAUCAAAGCACUUCCUAAAAAUGCGACGGGGAAAAUAUCGAGGAAGGAGAUGGUCGCAAUGAGAGACGGGCUGUGCUCACUUGGUGACACGCUUGGUGACGCACCUGCCGACUCGUCAUUAAAAGCUAAGUUGUAAGGGACCAAGGGUGUCUACCAUCUCGCCCCUUCCUUUCUCGAUCCCUUCAAAAUAUACAGUGUACUUCUCAUGCAAUCUUUUUUCUUUUUUUCGGUAUUGAAAGGAAGGAACGAUAUCUGGAGUUCAAAAACUU